ACCCCCCCCUCCUCCCUCCUCCCGUGGCGUUCAGAUGGUCGGGUCCGGGCCAGAGGAAGGGGGAGUGGUAGGGGAAAUCUUCAACAAUGACUUCAUGGACAUGAUGCCCAACGUGACCAGAACAACUGGAUUUCACCGCUUUAUUACAACACUGGAUGUAUGACUUUUCCUCCUGGACCUAAUUCUUUAAUAUCCUUAUUCCACAUCUGUUCUCGGGGGGGGGGGGGGGCGACGUGGGACCUUUUGUUGAACUUUCCCUCGACCCGAGAAGAAGCAUGUUCAUCACAAAGAUUGAGGCCAAGGAGGCCUGCGAUUGGCUGCAAGCGGCCGGCUUCCCUCAGUAUGUGCAAUUGUUCAAAGACUGCAGGGUCCCCGUUGACAUCGAGUGGGCAAAGCGGGAUCACCACUUCCUGGAUGAGGACGCCCUUGAUUCCCUCUGCAGGAGAUUAAGCACUUUAAACAAAAGUGUGGAAAUGAGGCUGGAGCCGAGAUCGAAACGCAGGGGAGACGACUUUAAAGACGAGGACUUCUGCGCCAUCAGCCCCAACUGGACGUACGACAAGCGGGACCGCCGAUGGCGCCGCCUCGACCCCCCGAUGGACAUCCUCUGUUCGUCUGAAAGCAUCACCGGACGGCAGAACGCUUCCCCGCGUGACGACGGUGACCGCCACGACGUCUCCUCCAUCCAGAGCUCCAGCAGCACGGAGAGCGAGGGCCGCAGCGGACGCCGCAAGAGUCCCACCACCGCGACCCCUUCAGACGACCGCGACACCGGCGGGAGCUGCUCCCGCUGCUCCUUGACCCACAGGACGCUGAUCGUGGAGCCCUCGGUCAGCGGACCCCCCUCCCCCGACGGGUGUGGCCGGGCAUCGUACACCGUGAGCGUGGACGCCGAAGGCUGCUUCCCAGAGAGGAAGAAGGGAACCAGUCUGCUGAGGAAGAUGGAGAAACUGAGACUGAGGGGCCCGACCGGCCUCCUGUCCUCUGCUCACAGUGGGGGUUGUAGAAGCAAGAGUCGGGCCGGCACGCCGGUUCAGGUCCAGGAGGAGGAGAGGAAGCGAGGCCCAUCAAGCCUGCAGGUUGGACCCGACAGCCGUUCGUCUUCCUCGCCCUCGUCCCCUCUCACCGCCAGCAGCAGCGGCAGCCGCUCUGAGAGCAGCAGCAACGUCAGCACGCCGAGCCCGGUCAUCCGGGUCCGGAGUAACUGCAAACGCCCCAACGGCGGCGUGGAUGGCGGAACAACCCGGAAUGACCAGAACAACACAGAGGAUUACAGGAACCAGAACAUGAACAGCAAUAACAGCAGCCCCGACCGUCUGAUCUUCCAGAUCCCCAAUGGCCACAAACCGGGAACCUUCCCCACCUCUCUGGCACACAACCACAGCCCUCUCUCCCCCGUCAUCGACGACACCUCCGUUAACUGGAGGACCGGGAGCUUCCACGGCUACCGGGGGCGGCACAGUUGCCAGGGCGCCGGCCCGUCCUUGCUGGCCACCGGCGACCGGGCGGCAGGAGCCGCCAGCCCGCUCGCCGCCCUGGAUCAUCGGCUGAGCAUCUACGACAACGUGCCCGACGACCAGCCGCUGUCCGAAAGCGAAGGCGGCAGCGGGGGGAGUGUCAGUGAUGCGGAGAGGAUGGGGGAGGAGUCAGAGGGGACUCGAUUGUUGGCAGGUGAAGACGUCUUCUCUGCUCUGGACGGCGUUCUGGAGAGGAUCGGCAACCUCCAACGACUAGUGUCCACGUGGACCGAGAAUCUAUCCGAGGAAGACUGUCAGAGAGGUUCCUCCUCCUCUUCUUCCUCCUUGUCUACAUCUUCCUCCCAGGACUCACCUGGUCGCGGCUCAUCGGCGGCCUCCCCGUGCCCGUCUUCCCCCAGCCCCGUCCACUUGGAGGCGCAGGAGGAGGAGGAGGAGGAGGUAAAGAGCCAGGAGGAGGCACAUUUGAAUGGAGAAGAGCCCAAGACCAGAUCAUCUCAGCCCAGAUGCAGGCGAGCGUUUGAGCGUCUUCGCGUCCCCGUGUCCAGCAGAGCGAGCCAGCAGCUGCACCGGUCCAGCGAGCAGAACCUGCCCCCCCUGCCCGCCGGUCCGGGGGUGGAGGGCCAGUCCGUGUCCCAGCUCCUCCUGCUGCAGAAGCUCUCGCUGCUCAAACUCACCGCUCUGAUGGACAAGUACUCCCCGUCCAGCAAGCAGGGCUGGAACUGGUCCGUCCCUAAAGCGCUGAGGAAGACCAAGCAGCUGGAGGCGAAAGGCCGGCGGGUGUUCGGGGCUCCUCUGCUCCUCAGCGUGCAGCAGACAGGGGAGCCUCUUCCUCCCAGCAUCCUCCGGGCUCUGGUCUACCUGAGGACCGAGUGUCUGGACCAGGUGGGUCUUUUCCGUAGGUCGGGGGUGAAGUCUCGUAUCCAGUACCUCCGCGAGCUGGUGGAGUCGGACCCGGACGGCGUCUCGUACGACGGUCAGUCCGCCUUCGACGUGGCCGACAUGGUGAAGCAAUACUUCAGAGACCUGCCUGAGCCCGUCUUCACCAGUAAACUCUGCGAGUCCUUCCUCCACAUUUACCAAUACUUUCCAAAGGAUCAACAGCUGGUUGCGGCCCAGGCGGCCAUCUUGCUGCUCCCCGACGAGAACAGGAUGGCGCUGCGAGUGCUGCUGCUCUUCCUGCGCGACGUGGUGGCCUGCGUGGACCAGAACCAAAUGACGCCGACCAACAUCGCGGUCUGCCUGGCGCCGUCGCUCUUCCACCUCAACGCGCUGAAGAGGGACGCCAAAGCCCCCAGGUCGGGUCAUAGGAAGUACAGCCUGGGCCGCCCGGACCAGCGGGACCUGAGUGAGAAUCUGGCUGCCGCUCAGGGGCUGGCCGACAUGAUCACCGAGGCUCAGAGACUCUUUCAGCUUCCGGAGUUUUGGCCCGGUCAACGUUCAGGUGCAGCAGGAUGCAGUGAGGACUCCCUCUCUGAGGGAGGAGGAGGAGGAGGAAGGGAGGAGGAGCAGCUGCAGCUGAGAACCAAGCAACUGCUGAAGGAGGCCAGGGAGAAGAGCGGAGGCUGGGAGAGCCGUCCAGCUUCAGAACACGUGGAGCUGGACGUCAAGAAGCUGGACGACGGCUGCCUGCUGCGGAUGUGGCGCGGCUCCGUGGAGGUGGAGGCCCCGGAGGCGGCGCUGCUCCACCGGCUGCUGAGGGAGCGCGAGCUGUGGGACGGACGCCUGCGCCGGGCGGCCGUCGUCCAGACCCUGUCCGACCACGCCGAGGUCUACCGCUGCCUCCUGGAGGGGCGGGGCCACGCCCUCGGCUCGCGGCUCCCGCGGGAGCAUCUGCUGCUCAGGACGUGGCAGGCGGACCCGUCCUCCGGCCCUGUGUACCUGUCCUCUGUGUCCACGCAGCACCCCGACGUGCUGCCGGAGGGGGUCCGGGCCCACGUGCACGCCUGCCUCUACCUGCUGGAGCCCAGCGGCGCCGGGAAGACCCGACUGACGCACGUGUGUCGGACGGAUGCCCGGGGCCGGUCGCAGGAGUGGGACGGCAAAGUGAGCGGACUCCUCCUGGCGCUCGGCCUCCGGGCCGUCAGGGACUCCUUCAGGGCGGAGCACGGAGACACCCGGACGCGAGCCGAUGGGAGCUGAGCAGGAUGUUGGACGUUGCACACAAGACCCUCACACAGUAGAAAGCUGGUGGGCCCGGAGCGCUGCGAGGGGCGGAGGUGACCUCACGAGAACAUCGCUGUGUGUUCUUCUUUUUUUUUUGUUUUUCGUCAGUGACCUUUGCGGUUCGCCGGCGGCGCUCAAGCUUCGCACUCGAGAUCACAGAGAAACGCAAACCCCGGCGAGCUCUGACAGAGGACGACGUGAGACGCAGGGGCCCCAUUUCACUGAGGGGAACGGGCGAGACGAGAAGGAUGAAGUUUGUGCUCGCCAUCUUGUUCUGCCCCUGAAGAGAAAAGAGGCGGAAACACGCGGCAGCGGUCUGGUCGAAACCAGGAAACGGACGUCAGGCCUCGGUUGAGAGUGGAAGCCGAGGAGGCCGACGUCGCAGAGAGGAACUGGACACGGCGGGGGACGGUGGGGGGGCAACCGUUUUCCCCGGGUCUCUGAUGCCGUGACAGUUUCUGGGCUAAAAAAGCUCAGAGAAAAAAGACUCAAUCAUCACGUCAGGUUAACUGAACCGCUGAGGUGAAAAUAAAUAAAGAGUAUAUAUGUGUAUUUUUUAAACGCAGCACAAAGCAGCUGCAUCCGGCUGGGACUGCCCCCCUACGAGUCCACCCAUCCGGGAAGAACUUGUGUGUGACGGUUGAAAGACGAGCGAUAUCUACCUCUCCACAGGACCACGGGGUCCUGGGGGUGGAGGUUGGGGCAUUUGGCAUGCUGACAUCCAAGUUUAUAUAUUAUAUACAUAUAAUAUGUAUACAUAUCAGUGUCAGAGUGACCAAUCAGAGCAUGCCUGUGGAUGUAAAAGUAGAAUGCAUUCAAUUGUCAUUCUUGAGAUUAUUUAACUUAAUGUAUAUCUUACAUCUGCAUGAAAAACUCUUUAUUUAAUUGCGAGAAGCGUCUGUUCUGAUUUGUCGGUGCCAAACACCUAAUUAAAAUGUUUACUUCUCCCCCUGAA